AUGGCCGAGACGCUCGGAAAGAAUGGACUGGAGGAUGUCCCUCAGGACGUUCGAUUUCCAGCGGAGGAAGAGAAGAUCCUUGCCUACUGGGAUCACAUUGAUGCCUUCCAAACCUCUCUGAAGACUUCACGUGAGGAAGGGCGGCCUGAGUUCACUUUCUACGACGGCCCUCCGUUCGCAACCGGCAUGCCCCACUACGGGCACAUCCUCGCAGGGACCAUCAAGGACUGCAUCACUCGCUACUGGCACAUGAACGGGUUCCACGUGGAGAGAAAGUGGGGAUGGGACACGCACGGGCUCCCGGUGGAGUACGAGAUCGAUCAGAAGCUGGGGAUCAAGUCGCGCGACGACGUUCUGAAGAUGACUGUGGCAAAGUAUAACGCGGAGUGUAGAAGCGUCGUGAUGAGGUACGCCAGCGAGUGGAAGCGAGUCGUGAGGAGGCUGGCGCGCUGGAUCGACAUGGAGAAUGACUACAAGACGCUGGACCCGACCUUCAUGGAGACGGUGUGGUGGGUGUGCAAGCAGAUGUUCGACAAGGACCUUAUCUACCGGGGCUACAAGGUCAUGCCCUACUCCACCGCCUGCAGCACUCCCCUCUCCAACUUCGAGGCUGGGCAGAACUACAAGGAUGUCUCCGACCCCGAGUGCGUCGUCAGUCUCCCCAUCAUAGGCUCCGAACCUCCCGCCAGCAUGCUCGCAUGGACUACCACGCCGUGGACCCUUCCGUCCAACCUUGCCCUCUGCGUCCACCCGACGAUGGAGUACGCAUACGUAGAGGAUGUAAAGACGUCUGCUGUGUACGUGCUUGCGGUUCCUCGCCUCGUGCAGCUGUAUAAGAAGGAGUCGGAGUACAAGGUGUUGAAGACAGUCAAGGGCCAGGAGCUGAGGGGUUUGAAGUACGAGCCGCUCUUCAACUUCUUCGUGGAGAGGAAAGGAGACGUCGGAUUCCGAGUCCUCUGCGACGAGUACGUGACGGCAGACUCGGGUACGGGGAUCGUCCACCAGGCCCCCGCCUUCGGAGAGGAUGAUUACAGGGUCUGCCUCAAGGAGGGUGUGAUCUUCAAGGGAGAGCACGUGCCUUGCCCUGUGGACGCCGACGGACGUUUCACAGAGGAGGUGUCAGACUUCCAGGGACAGCACGUGAAGGAGGCGGACAAGGCCAUCCUGGCGUCGCUAAAGGCGAGCGGGAGGUUGGUGAAGUCAGGGGCGAUCAAGCAUAGCUACCCCUUCUGCUGGAGGUCCGACACGCCGCUGAUCUACAAGGCCGUGCCUUCCUGGUUCGUCAAGGUAGAGACGCUCAAGGAGAAGCUGCUGGCGAACAACGACAAGACCUACUGGGUCCCCGACUUCGUCAAGGAGAAGAGGUUCCACAACUGGCUGGCUGGAGCGCGAGACUGGGCCAUCUCUCGCAACAGGUUCUGGGGCACCCCCAUCCCCAUCUGGCACUCGGAGGACUGGGAGGAGGUGAUCUGUGUGGGGAGCGUGGACGAACUGGAGCAGCUGUCGGGGGUGAGGGUCAACGAUCUUCACAAGGACUCCAUCGACCACAUCACCAUCCCCUCCAAGAUGGGCAAGGGAGAGCUGAGGAGGGUGGAGGAGGUGUUCGACUGCUGGUUCGAGAGCGGCUCGAUGCCGUACGCGCAGUGCCACUACCCGUUCGAGAACAAGGAGAAGUUCGAGAAGACCUUCCCUGCCGACUUCAUCGCCGAGGGGCUGGACCAGACCCGAGGAUGGUUCUACACGCUCAUGGUGAUCGGAACUGCUCUCUUUGACAAGCCCGCGUUCAAGAAUGUGAUCGUGAACGGGCUUGUGCUUGCGGAGGACGGGAAGAAGAUGAGCAAGAGGCUGAAGAACUACCCGGACCCCGAGCUCGUCAUUAACUCCCACGGCGCAGACGCGCUCAGGAUGUACCUGAUAAACUCGCCGGUGGUGAGAGGAGAGGAGCUUCGCUUCAAGGAGCAGGGCGUCAAGGACGUCGUCCGAGAUGUCUUCCUCCCCUGGUACAACGCCUACCGCUUCCUUAUCCAAGUGGUCCGCCGCCUCCAGAGCGAGGAGGGCGUGACGGUGCAGGGCAGCGGGACCGGCUACAUCCAGUCGGACAACACCAUGGACCAGUGGAUCCAGGCGGCAGCGGCUGGCCUCCUGCAGUUCGUGCAGAAGGAGAUGCAGGCCUAUCGCCUCUACACCGUCGUGCCCCGCCUGUUGCGCUUCAUGGAGGACCUGACCAACUGGUACGUGAAGAUGAACCGCAAGCGCCUCAAGGGAGGAGCAGGAGUGGAGGAGGCGACCGUGUCCAUCCGUGUCCUGCUGCAGGUCCUCCUGACCCUCGUGCGCUCCAUGGCGCCGUUCACCCCGAUGUUCUGCGAGCUCCUGUACAUGAACCUCCGCAACCUCCUCCCCGAGAGCGAACGCAAGGACAGCGUCCACUACCUCGACUUCCCGCAGGCGAACCUGGAGGCCGUGAACGAGAGGAUGGAGCUCAAGGUCCGCAGGAUGCAAGUGCUGAUCGAGAAGGGGAGAAUCGCCCGCGACAAGCGCGGCAUCUCCCUCCGCACGCCCAUCCGCGCCGUCACCGUGAUCUGCCCCAACACCGAGCUCCUCCAGGACAUCGAGGACCUCAAGGGCUACGUGCUCGAAGAGCUCAACGUCCGCUCCCUUUCCACGACGACGGAGGAGGGAGACAUGGUCACUCGGUCUGCUGCUCCUGACAACACCAUCCUCGGCCGACGGCUGGGCAAGGCGUUCAAGGAGGUGUCGGCCAAGAUCAAGACGCUGACCAACGCGGAACUGAUGGAGUACGAGAGGAAGGGACAGCUGGACGUGUGCGGGAGUGUCCUGUCGGGAGACGACCUAAAGAUCACCCGCUCCUUCAACGGGGACACGGAGACGGUGCAGGCGGAGUCGUACGACGAGGUCCUCGCGCUGUUCGACGUCGGGCUGGACGAGUCACUCCGGCAGGAGGGGGCGGCGAGGGAGAUCGUGUCCCGUGUACAGCAGAUGAGGAAGAAGGCUGGUCUGCUCCCCGAGGACCUGAUCGAAGUCUUCUACGAGAGCAGCGACGAGUCGUUUCUCAGCAUCCUCGCCAACCACAUGGACACCAUCAAGUCAGCCAUCAGGGUGGAGCUCCUGCCGCGGGGAAGGAUGCCUGGAUACCUUCAGCCCCUGGUCAUCCUCCAGAGCGAGGAGGACGUGAAUGGCAUGAAGAUUAGUCUCACGAUCACUCGCGCGUGCCUGCACGUCUCUCAGCAAGCUGCAGAUGUUUCUCAGGGAGUUUCUAUCGAAGCAUUGCAGUCGGCCGUUAUGAGUCUGCAACUUGCCUCAGCCAAGAAGUCGAUGACGUCUGGGGCUAUCCAGGUGGCGGUGGAUGGCAAGCAAGUGGAGCUACAGGCGGGCAAGCAUGUCUGGGCGUCCAGACAUGUCGCAUCAUACAUUCUCCUGGCUCGUCGAUCCCUUGAGUGGGGUCGUAUUAUCUUAUCGCAACUUCGCUUGCAGGCUACACAACGCGCCCUGACGGCGCCGACGGGCCCCGGAGUUGCCUGA